UCUGCUACAGCCACAGGUGCACAGAAGGUUAUUACAGCGUCCAGAGGAGAGUCUGUCCUUCUGCCGUGCCCGUCACCGUUUGAAUACGGAGACACUGUUAGCGUUAAAUGGGAAAAGGAUGGAGAGUCAGGUGUCUGUAUGUAUCGUAUGAGUGAAAAUAAGACUAGUGGCCAUGUCUGCAGUCCUCGGUUCAAAGUAAACGCAGACCCUAUCGGACUGAUUAUAACAGAUGUUACAGGCAGUGAUGCUGGUAAUUAUAACUGUUCAAUGAUCAGGAUGAUCCCCCCACCAGCUGUGGAUGACUUUUCAAUCCUGAUUCUUCAAGUUAACGUUCCAGCAGGUCUUAUGGUGCAGCAGGUGAACAUCAGUAACCAGAGCUGUGUGGAGCUGCUCUGUUCUCUGGAGGGUUUGAGUCCAGAGCAGGUCAGCUUCACCUGGUCCAGAGGAUCUGAGCAGCUUCUUCACCAGAACAACUCCAGCAAGAUGAGCAGCACACUGACACUCUGCAAGCCUCAAUGGAGAGACGAGGACACGUUCACCUGCCAGGCCAACUACUCAAGCAACCACACACUCUACAGCAAGAGCAUCACAAUCAAAGGCAGCAACAAUGGGGGCACAGCGAUACCCUGGCUGCUGAUUGGCUCAGUUAUUGGUGCAUCUGUGGGGGUGCUCUUCAUCAUCCUCCUCUCUGUGGUCAUCUAUAAAUGUAAGAAGAAAGAAGAUACCUCUUAUCCAAUCAUCUUCAACAAUAAAGUUUAUGAAAACCUGACUUCCAUCACACCCAGACCUACUGCUGAGCCCGGCGCUGGAGUAAAUACCAGGACUAAUCCCAGGCCUAACCCACAGGGUGCAAGUCAGACUCAGAGAGAAGAGUGCAUCUAUGAGAACUAACAAGAACUUUUAUCUGUUUUUAUUCUAAAACCAGUGCUCUGUUGUUUGUGUAUGUUUUGUUUAUGACUAGUCACUUUAUAUUCUUUCAACACACCAUGACACUAUCAGAGUUCCUCAGCUGUGCUGUGGCCCUGCGUGCUGUGCCAAGUUGUAGUUUCUUAAACUAUGCCCCAGUUGCCAUCUCUGUGUAGUGGUUUGGUUUUGUUCUAAAUAAAUAACAAAUGACCUGAAA